AUGUUCAAGUCAUUGAGGUUUAUACGUUUUAACAGUACAUCGACUUUAGUUUCUAAGUCAAUUAAACUGUCUGUUACUACCCCAGCAUCCAAUAAUGUUAAUGGUAUCGAAAAAAGUAAAGGAACAGGAGUUGUUUUCAUGAAUAUGGGAGGUCCCUCCACAGUAUCAGAAACUUAUGAUUUUCUUUUAAGACUCUUUUCUGAUGGAGAUCUUAUCCCCUUUGGACCAUUCCAAAGCAUUUUAGGUAAAUUUAUUGCCAGAAGACGUACUCCAGAGAUUGAAAAACAUUAUGAAGAAAUUGGUGGAGGUUCACCUAUUAGAUAUUGGUCAGAAUAUCAAUGUGAUAAAGUAUGUAAAAUACUUGAUCAAACAUCUCCUGAAACUGGUCCUCAUAAACCUUAUGUUGCUUUCCGUUAUGCUAAUCCAUUGACUGAUGAAACUUUGAAGAAAAUGAAAAAUGAUGGUAUUACUAGAGCUGUUGCUUUUAGUCAAUAUCCUCAAUUCUCUUAUUCAACUACGGGUUCUUCAAUGAAUGAAUUAUAUAGAGAAACUCAAAAGAUUGAUCCUGAAAACUCCAUCACCUGGUCUUUCAUUGAUAGAUGGCCUAAAAACAAAGGUUUCAUUGAUGCUUUUACUGAUCAUAUUGAAUCCAAAAUUCAAGAAUUUAAGAAUGAAGGUAAGAACACCGAUAACGUGGUUAUUCUCUUCUCGGCCCAUUCUUUACCUAUGCAAAUUGUUAAUCGUGGAGAUUCAUAUCCUGCUGAAGUUGCUGCUACAGUUUAUGCUAUUAUGGAGAAUUUGAAAUUCAAGUAUCCUUAUAGAUUGGUUUGGCAACUGAAAGUUGGUCCAAGUCCAUGGUUAGGUGCUCAAACUGCUAAGAUUGUAGGUAAAUUAGAAAAAGAUGAUAGUGUUGAAGGGAUCUUAUUAGUACCAGUUGCUUUCACUUCUGAUCAUAUUGAAACCUUACAUGAAUUAGAUAUCGAAUUGGUUGAAGAUUUGGUUUAUCCUGAAAAGGUUAAGAGAGCUGAAUCAAUGAAUGGUAAUGAAAAAUUCAUUCAAGGAUUGGCUGAUUUAGUUAAAGAUCAUUUAGAAAGUGGUAAAUGUCAUAGUAAUCAAUUGGCAUUAGAUCAUGUAUUAAGUAGACAAUAUUCCAAAGAUACUUUCCAUCAUCCUGAUGAAAUUUUUGGAAAAUAG